GACCCUCGUCUCAAAUGAUCCGAGUUGGUGGCCGAUGAUCAAUUUGACUAUUUUUAACAGCUAUUGGAUCGUUGCUGCAGGCCUCAUGGUGGUAUACGACUGGGGUAAGCAGGACAGUGUUCGAAAACCGCUGAUAUUCUUAUGAUAUUGUCAGUAUUAACACUCGAACGAGAGAUUGAACUAAUCUGGGUGAGUGGCAGAGUCCCAUACCAAGGGGAACGACAGCAGAUCACAAUGAAUUCGCGACAGAGACAACGCUGGUCUCUCAUGACUGUGCUGUACAUGGUUAUACGUUAUAUUGGACUACCGUAUACUGUUAUUAGCGUUCUGCCAUAUAUGCCAAUGGUCUCGCUCACAGAUGCAGUAAGUGAUAUUACGAAAUAUGCAAUAAGCGGGACAAAUGUGGUCGUACCUGUCAUGUUGGGCGUCAUCAUCAUCGCUCGCUUAUAUUCCAUGUAUCAGGGAUCUAGAGCGAUGCUUAUCUUCCUUGUUAUUGUCUUCCUGACUGUAACCAUCACAUGCGGAGUAAAUGUGGCAAUAAUGCUCAAGGAUACUGCAGCGGAGGAGCUGAUACUCUCCGGCACGCAUAUGUGUGCCUUUGAAUAUGAUCGGGAUGCCCAGCUUCUGUACUCAAUAGUUUGGAUGCUCUACACUGCUUGGGAGGGCCUUGCACUGUGUCUUUCCAUCUGGACUGUUGUAAAACACUUUCAUUACCUGCGACGACUGGGCACAUCGACAGGAUCAACCGUCGGCGACUGUUUCAGAGUGCUGAUACAAUCUCACGUGCUUUAUUUUGUCAGCUUUACUUGUGUCUCUUGCCUCCAGCUUCUUAGCUUUCCAGAGCCUGUGCCUAUGGGAGUCCCGACACCCCGUAGUGUUUCUCAGAUUUUCUUUCACGUGCAGAUGUUUGUUCUGGGACCACGCCUCAUCCUUAGCGUUCGACAAUAUCAUGCUGAACUGGUGGCCAACUUCGACGAUGAAAUUAGUAUGAAUUCGAUUAUCCUCCAGGAACGUGUACAUAUACAAACUAGCAGUACUAUGUAGGGAAAUGCUUACCGGGUGUUCUGCAGGGAGGAG